AUGGCAGACUUUCGUCCCGUGACCUCCAUCUCCGACAUGGUGACCUCCUACCCACGCGACAACAAGCGUCGUAAACUACGCGUUGCAAUCGUAACCGAGAACUUUCUCCCCAAAGUGGACGGUGUAACCCGCACCCUGGCCCGUCUCCUCGAACAUCUCAACAACGAAGGCCACGAAGCACUCGUCCUUGGCCCUGAGACCGGAAUCCGUCAAUACGCUGGCCAUGCCGUGGUGGGAACCUUCGGUGUCCCUCUCAUCAUCUACCCUGGCCUCAAGCUCAACUUUAUGCGACCUCGAUUCGUCCGUCGUCUCCAACAGUUCAAGCCUGAUGUGAUCCACUUUGUUGACCCGAUCUGGUUGGGAGCACAGAUGCUGCCCGCUGUCCAAAAGUGGUUGCCCGAAGUGCCCUGCGUUUCGUCUUAUCACACGAAUCUGCCGACUUAUGCGACACUGUUCGGUAUGCCGUGGUUGGAAAAGACCAUGUGGGCUUUGGCCAGGAACCUUCACGAUCGAUGCGAGAUGGUCUUCUGCCCCUCGGAGAGCACGAGGAGGAUGUUACAGGGAAAAGGAUUCAGCAACGUCGAGAUCUGGUCUCGUGGAGUAGACACCGAGAUCUUCAACCCGCAAGCUAGAGACGACAACUUGAGGGAGAGUUGGGGCUGUACUCCCAAGCCUGCUAAUUUGCGCUUGCCUCUCUCGCCGUCGGUCGCGGCGGCCGAAGCUGCAGCAAGGUUCGGAUCAGAGCAGGCAGCGUUGUCGCACUUGGCAGGCAAGUUGGGUGUUUCAAUCAUCCCUGGCGGCAAGAGGGGUAGUGCUUCCAGCGACGAUAGCUUCAUCCGUACACCACCCACCAACCUUGCUGCUUCGCCAGAGUUUUCUUUCUCUCCUCCUCCCGCUUACGACAGCCUUAGUGGAGUUCCUGAUCUCCUCUCAUCCGGGUUUUUGCUCCCACCACCCGCCCUAUCCUCCCCUAACACAAGACGUAACACUAAUGCCAUCCCAGCCGCAAUGCGCGUCGAUCAGGAACCGUUCAACUCGAAAACCGUCGUUCUCUACGUCGGUCGCAUCUCAUGGGAAAAGAAUCUCCGUCUUCUAAUUGAAGCUUUCAAGUUUCUCCCCACCUCAGUCCGUUCCAAAGCGAAACUGGUAUUCGUUGGUGAUGGUCCUGCUCGAGCUGACCUCACUCGUCUAUGCAACAAGCUCGAACUCAAUGCUUCUUUCAUGGGCCACCAGAAAGGAUCCAGGUUGGCGGCUAUGUAUGCAAGUGCAAGCAUUUUCGCUUUCCCCAGUUUUACCGAAACUUUUGGACAAGUCGUUCUCGAAGCGUUAGCAUCUGGGUUGCCAGUAGUGGGAUUGCACGCGGAAGGAACUUCAGACCUUGUCUCACACGGCAAGACCGGUCUCUUGCUCGAUGUCAAUGCUGUUGCAAAGGAGACUACUCUAGGUGCUGCAAACUCAAACAGACCCCCCACACCAGGCGCAAAACGUUCGCUGAAGGAGGGAAACACAUCCAGCACCAUCGAUGAAUUCGCCUCUGCUGCCUCAUCCGCUGCUCUCUCCCUCCAUGCAACCCUCCGCUCUUCUCCCACUUCUUCCCCAUCCAAGCCCGAGUCCCCGACCGUCGGACUCUCAACCCCAAUCCCAACAACUCUGGACUUCAAAUCAUCCAUGAGCCCCAACACACCAUGGUUCCAUCACUGUGCAAAAUCAUACUCGAUGCUUCUCGAACGACUCAUCCUCGACCGUCAAACCCGAGCUUUGAUGGGGCAGAGAGCUGUCCUCUACGCCUCGUGCAAGACUUGGUGGGAUGCAAUGGAUGCUCCUGUCCGCGGUUACGAAAAGGUCAUCGCUCAAUCCGGCCUGAACAACCUCAGUGAUGAUGAAUUGGAAGAGUGGAGAACCCUCCAGAGGACGAACGCACCGUUGACCGGACCAAAGAUGAAAUUCAUGGUGGCGUUAUACAUAGCCUUGUUCGCUUGGUUGGUUUGGGUGUUGUUCUUCUUCACUUCUGCUUAG